GGCUCAGCAGUCAAAUUUUGGAUAGCGACAGAGAGGAGAACAGCAGACGAGCAAGGAGCUAGCAGACCGAGGCUUUUGAAAUCUUUCUAACUUUUUGGAUAUAUUAGCUCUUGCUUCUCGACUUUGGACAGGAUGAUGUUUACCAGCCUUAACACCGACUAUGACUCGUCUUCCCGGUGCAGCACAGCGUCGCCGAGCGGCGAGAGCGUCGCGUAUUACCCGCUCAACAAGACUCAGGAGUUCACAGAGCUGAGUGUCUCAAGUGCCUCUUUCGUGCCGACCGUCACCGCGAUCUCCUCAUGCCCGGACCUGCAGUGGAUGGUCCAGCCCAUGAUUUCAUCUGUGGCGCCCUCCAACGGCGGAGCUCGAUCUUACAACCCAAACCCUUACCCUAAAAUGAGGGUCACUGGAACCAAGUCCCCAAAUUCCAACAAGAGAGCCAGAACUGAGCAGCUUUCUCCAGAGGAGGAAGAGAAGAAAAGAGUCCGUCGUGAACGGAAUAAGAUGGCAGCUGCAAAAUGCAGGAACCGAAGGCAAGAGCUCACCGAUACGCUGCAAGCUGAAACUGACGAACUUGAGGACGAGAAAUCUGCUCUUCAAAACGACAUCGCCAACCUGCUCAAAGAGAAAGAGAGGUUGGAGUUCAUCCUCGCCGCACACAAACCCAUCUGCAAGAUCCCUUCCAGCUCCGUCUCCCCCGUCCACGCCGCUUCAGUCCCCGAGAUCCACAGCAUCACUACCUCAGUGGUCUCCUUUGCCAAUGCACCAGUAACAACUUCUUCCAACAGCUCGCUGUUCUCCACCACGUCCUCCACCGACAGCUUCAGCUCCACGGUGAAGAUCUCAGACCUGGAGCCCACCCUGGAGGAGUCUCUGGAGCUCUUGGCCAAAGCCGAGCUGGAAACGGCUCGCUCGGUCCCAGAUGUGGACUUGUCAAGCUCUUUGUACACUCAAGACUGGGAACCGCUCUAUACGCCUGCUAACAACGACCUGGAGCCCCUUUGCACGCCCGUCGUCACCUGCACCCCGGCCUGCACCACCUAUACGUCCUCCUUUAUGUUCACCUACCCAGAAAAUGACGACUUCCCCAGCUGUGAGCCUGUGCUCCGGCGGGGGGGCAGCAGCAACAACCAGUCAUCCAACUCCUUGAACUCCCUAACCCUCCUCACUCUUUGAGAAUUUACUAGAGACACUUAGAAUUUCUAUUUCUGACACACAACUUGAUAUAAUCUGGUACAGCAGGGCUAUGAAAUUGACUAUAUCAAGCAAUCGUUAUUGCUUCCUAUAUUUAUCUGAACCAUACAUGCCUGCCAAAUGUAGCAAGAUAAGCAUGGAUUAACUGAUUUUGCAUUAAUAAUGUUAAGUUAAACUAAUAAUAUAGUUUUUUUUUUUAGUUUAAUUGGUGCUAGAUUUGAAUUGUUGUAUUAGUGUGUUCUGAGCAAUCGAGAACUGAUGUUUUGCCUUUAUGGUUGAUUUCUAAAUGUGUGAAUGUUAUUUACUCAAAUGCGUGCUGCCUAACCAUUGCAUUAAAUGGUCUAAUGUCCAAUAUGAAGUUUUCUGUGAAAACGUAGUCUGUUUAAUUUAUGGGAUUUUUAUUUUUGUACUGAAGUGUGAAUUUAAGAAUUGUUUGCAAAACUAGAAACAAUAAAUAUUAAAUGUACCAAAAAUGA